UUGUGUGUGGGGAGAGAGAGAGGAAAAAGUUCUCAACAAGGAGAGGCAGGACUACUCUUACGGAGCCCCUGCAGUCUCACUUCGUCUGCCUCUGAAUUACUUUCCCUGCCAUCCUUUUUGCAUUUUCGCUCUGCAACGCCGCUUAUACGUCUCCGAGGGAGAAAUACUACUUUUUUUUUUUUUUUUACUAAGAAGUGAAAGCACCAGCACCAUGGAACUGCUCUGCCUCGAAAUGGACACCAUCAUAAGAGCUCGUCCCGAUCCGAACCUCCUGUGCGAUGACAGAGUCCUGCAGAGCUUGUUGACCAUAGAGGAGAGGUUUCUCCCCCAAUAUUCCUAUUUCAAAGUCGUCCAGAAAGACAUCCAGCCGUUUAUGAGGAGGAUGGUCGCUACUUGGAUGUUGGAGGUUUGCGAGGAGCAGAAGUGCGAGGAAGAAGUUUUCCCCCUGGCCAUGAACUACUUGGACAGAUUUCUAGCCGUGGUACCCACCAAAAAGUGUAACCUGCAGCUGCUGGGAGCAGUGUGCAUGUUUCUUGCAUCCAAAUUGAAAGAGACUCGUCCACUAACUGCAGAGAAGCUAUGCAUCUACACAGAUAACUCCAUCAGACCGCAGGAGCUGCUGGAAUGGGAACUUGUGGUGUUGGGAAAGUUGAAGUGGAACUUGGCAGCAGUAACGCCGAACGACUUCAUCGAGCACAUUGUGAGGAGGCUGCCGCUGCCCGAGGAUAAGCUGGCACUUAUACGCAAACACGUCCAGACCUUCAUCGCCCUCUGUGCCACAGAUUUCAGAUUUGCCAUGUACCCUCCCUCCAUGAUUGCCACAGGAAGUGUGGGGGCAGCGAUCUGUGGCCUACAGCUGGAUUCAGCUGACCAGUCACAGUGGGGCGACAGUCUUACAGACCUGCUGGCCAAAAUCACAAACACAGAAGUGGAUGUUCUCAAAGAGUGCCAGGAGCAGAUUGAGCGCGUGUUGGUGAGCAGCCUGCGCGAGGGGCGGCAGCAGCAGCAGCAGCAGCAGCAGACGCAGAGAGGCCCCAGCGGGAAAGGCCUGGACGAGCUCGACCAAUCCUCCACACCGACAGACGUCCGUGAUGUCAACUUGUGAACCACCAGAGGGCACCCAUUGCACGGGAUUUACAAAAACAAAAAAAAAGCAUCAUGAAAAAAAAACAUCAAUUUCUUAAAAGCAGAAAAAAAAAGAACAAAAGAACAAAAAAUGCUAAAAACACAAGCCCUUUAAAAGAA